CGCCGUCAUCGAGAACAGCUUUUUGCACCAUGGUGCCUCGGCAUCCUAUGCAUUGCCAGUCCGUGGACGAGCUCAUCGAGCGUGCGGCGUCGGUCGCGAACCUCGCCAUGCUGCGAUCAUACGCCAUACUACCCCCCAUCCAGAUCGCGACGAUCAAGGCUUUCACUCCCCUCUUGGAGUACGAGCUUAUAUGUGCUCCCACGAGCGACGCCCUCGCUCGCAAGAAGAUCCUGGCACAGCUAAACAUCAACCGUUCCAUCCUCGCUCCCAUCCGCCAUCUACCCAUCGAGCUCUUGUCCUAUACGUUCCUCCUCGUAAUGCAAGAGUACCCUUUGCGUAAUCUGCAGGCUUCUAUCACCAUCUCGCAGGUCUGCAGCACCUGGCGCACCGUUGCGCGAAGGCAGGGGGAACUAUGGACACGAGUAAUCGUGGAGAAUCUGGGCGACUUCGGUGAAUAUUGCGAGAAUUUCCUUCCUAUGACCAAGCAAGCGCCGCUCGAGCUACGAUGUGAUAAUGGCGAGAUCCUAUGGGACUUGUGGGAUAGCAUUGCGUCAUAUGCGUCUCGCUGGCGUCGCCUGAAGCUCGAGGGUCGCCUUAGCACGUUACCAAAUUUGAAGGUCCUCUACAUGGAGAAUCUGGAGCGGUUAAUUAUUGACGCGUACGACGCGCCCAUUUCUGCGGAUCUUAGCGCCCUCGACUUCGUCGUCGCGCCACGUCUUCAGCACAUCGCGCUCACCCUUGACGCACUACAAAGCGAUCGGCAGCUACAUAUCCCCAUAACUCGUGCCCUCACCUCGUUGGAAAUCAGCACAUUGUCACCGUUCCCCGCCAUCAUCACUCUACCGCUCCUGCAAGCGUGUAGAGAUACACUGCAGUCUCUCACCAUCAAGAUUCUGCAAGCGUCUGUCGACGCGGACGGCUCGUAUCUUACAAAUGCCUCCGAGUAUGAUCCUUUUGUCAUGAAGUCUCUCACUCAUCUCAGGCUCGUCGAUCCCGCCUGUUCCCUGCUGAAUCACAUGACUGCCCCAAUCAUCGAGGAACUUGUCCUAUCUGCCGUUCCCUCAUACGGCACGCGCUCCCUGCGAGGGUUUCUAAAGCGUGGAAAGGCCUCCGAUCAUCUCCAGACCCUAAGGGUGUACAAUGUUGAAGAACGGGAUCCUUCCGCGUGGAUGCCUUGCCUUCGCCUCUUGGAAAACCUCAAAGCCCUGCACUUCGACGACCUGCUGAUGAACAAAUCAUUUCUAGAAGAGAUGAUUAUACGCGAGAAUAAGCCUACCUUGUUUCCAUCGCUCGAAGGUAUCGCUAUCUGGCGGGUCCUCUGGAGUGACGUGGAGUUACACGAUCUCAUUGCCGAUCUGUGUACGUCCAGGGACAAAAGAACGACGAUAUAUGGCAAGGAUCGCGAAGCAUACACACGCCUAGCUUGGCUUGACGAGAGCUGGGAGAGGAACAUGAGGUUGCAAACCCAUGUAGCGUGAACUCACGCUGAGUUCGCUGCCAAAGCCCUGGCGAGGAUCUUUACGCACCGAUCCUGGCUUCUGCCCCCAACGAUCUCAUCGAGCUUUAAGGCGAGAAUAACGAUCACAUUCCGUCUUCAUCACUCGACACCCGCGAUGUACGACGAUCAGGUUCCAGUCGGGACCUUUUGCCUGUGAUUUUUCUUGUGCUGCGCGGCAGAAAGAUACUAUAGCACGCUGUAUGAAAUGAGAUCCGAGUCUACGGAAAAGGACACCGAACUAUAUCUACGUCGUUUCCUUGCACUCUUCCAAGAUCAGAUGAUGGAACAAUAGAUAUGUAGGGUAUAGGUACGAAUGGUCCAAUCAAGCAAUCCGAACGGCCGCCAUUUUCUCCUCUA